UUAAAUUAGAGUGGCACUUUAAAAGUAACCAAAUUACCAACUCAGGUUGAAAGUAAUUGUGAAAUACAGUUUACUUAGGAUAAUUUAUGCUAAUUUUUGGGCAACAUAUUGGAGUCUCUACUGCAAAUUUAUUAUUGUGUAAAAGCAGGCUUUUAAGAAAUGUGAAAAUUAAUAAAAUUAGAAUAUAUGCAAGCUCCAAAUAAGAAAUAGGCAGUCCAUUACAAGCAAUUGGCAAAGGUGUAUAAGCAAUGUGCAGAGACAUAAAAAUUUAUAGAUGAGUUUGAAAAGAAAAAUAAGGUACACGUAGAUAAGUUUGUUCCACUUGAUUAUUUGGAACUUCCUACCAAGAUUCCCAACAUUAUUUCGAUAUCUCUAAAAAACAAGAAGAGGUUUGCUUUGGAGAAUAUUGUCAAAGAUGGAAGCCAAAAGUCAUCCAAGAAGAGCCGCAAUUCUAAAAGUAAACAAAAGGAGAAAGAGCCAUAAGUAGUAAACACUGAAUGA